AUGACGGACAAAAGUGUCAAGUACCGGACUGAGAUCCAGCAGAUGAUGUUCGUCUCUGGCGAGACGGCCGAACCAUCUGCUGAGACGACGACCCUCAUUGAACUGAUUGUCCAGCAGCAGGUCCAGGAAAUGCUGCGCGAGUGCACCGUUCUCGCCACCCGUCGUGGUAGCCGCAGCAUUUCCACCGACGACCUGAUGAUGCUCAUCCGCCAUGACCGCGCCAAGAUCAGUCGUCUCCGCACCUUCCUCCAGUGGAAGGAUGUUCGCAAGACGGCCAAGGACUCGGACGAGAAGAACCCUGGUGCCGACGACCUCGCUGCCGACGACAUUGGCGUCGACAUCACCGCCACCGCCCCGAACCCGGCCACCAAGACCGCGAAGCCCGGAGGCUCCAAGAAGGCCGUCGAUCUGGUGUGGGACGUGCAGUCGUACUUUUCCGAAGCUCCCCCCGCCCGCGAGGAGGAAGAGGACGAGGAGGAGACGGAGAUGAACUACGCCACCAUCCAACGCCUGCGCAAUGCCGAUGAGCGCACCAAGAACAUGACCCGCGAGGAGUACGUCCACUGGUCCGACUGCCGCCAGGCUUCCUUCACCUUCCGCAAGGGCAAGCGCUUCCGCGAGUGGGCCGGCUUCGGCACCAUCACCGACAGCAAGCCCAACGACGACAUCAUCGACAUCCUCGGCUUCUUGACCUUCGAGAUCGUCCAGACCCUCACCGAGGAGGCCCUCAGGGUCAAGCAGACCGAGGACUCCUACCGCAAGGCCGUGGGUGGCGACGCCAGCGGCGGCCAGAGCAGGAAGCGCAAGCGGGAGUCCGGCUUGUUCGACCCUCCGGAGGAGGCCCGCGAGCCCGUCGGCCCCAGCCACGUCAGGGAGGCUUUCAGACGCCUGCAGAGAACUCCGCCGAAGAGCAGGGCCAUGCUCAACUUUACCGGCCUUCUCCAGCGCACGACGCUGAAACUUAUUUGA